AUACAGACUGUUUCUGCAAAUAUUUGUGAAAGAAUGGGUUGCUCUCUGGAGCUCAGUGAAUUCAAGCAUGGUACCAUGAUAGAUUUCCACCUGUUCAACAAGUCCAUCUGUGAAAUUUCCUUGCUACUAAAUAUUCCUCAGUCAACUGUUAGUGGUAUUAUAACUAAGUGGAAGCAACUGGGAACAACAGCAACUCAGCCACAAAGUGAGCGAGGUCAGUGCAUGCUGAAGUGCAUAGUGCCCAGAAGUCGCCAACUGUCUGCAGAGUCAAUAGCUAAAGAGCUCCAAAGUCAUGUGGCCUUCAGAUGAGCACAACAACAGUGCAUAGAGAGCUUCAUGGAAUGAGUUUCCAUGGCCAA